UAUUUGUUAAAAUGAGGAAAUAUAGUUGCAUGAAAUUUCCACAAAAAUUGACAGCAACCUUUUUACAACUUACUGUCUAUCAUUACCAUAUCUUAACGGUUUACUUUAUUCAAAGAGUAUCACCAAACUAAUUUAAUUACCAGUAUAAAUGUUUAAUCCAAUUUUAUAUCUCAUAAUUAAUUAAUAUGUCAGGAUAAAGUGAAUAAUUUAACAAUGAAAACAUAAUUUCUUUAUUCUUCAACUGUUACACCUUUUCCAUCGUAUUCAACUUUCAACCUUUUUUUCAAUGCAUUCAUUUGUUUGUAACCAUUCCAAUUAUUUAAACUCAUCAAGCCAACGAUGUUCCACAUGUGGUGUUAGUGGUGUUGUUAAAGAGACCAUCAAUAAUGAUAAAUCAACUGCGGAAAAUUGUAAUCAACCCAGAAUUAGUUUAACUUCAUCUCCAUCAACUGUUGUUGCUUACGAAGCAGCAACUGAACUGUUACCAACCUUAUCAUCAACGACAACUACUUCAAGAACUUCCAUUGAUACAGUUGUUAAUACAAUGGCCAAUAAGUUGACCACUAAAUCAACUGUAAUCAAAUACAUUUAUGAUUUGCCUUAUCAUGUGCGUAAAUCUCUAUGUGAUUUAUUAGAUGCUGAUGGUAAAUGGCAUCGUUUGGGUGGACAGUACAUGGGGAUAAAUGAUACACAGUUAACUUUGAUUUCUCAUGCCAUCUUAAGGAAUGGAUCUCCGACAAAUGAUCUUUUAGUGCGUUGGGAACAAACCAAUGGACAGGUUCGCCACUUAUUCAAAUAUCUACACGAUAUGGGCCAUAAAAGAGCGAUGUUAGUUUUGGCUCCACACGUUGAUCCUAAACUGAAGCAAAUUUGUUUGGGAUCUCAAGAUGGUGAUGAAGAUGAUGAGUUUGAUAUCGAUUUAAAUCGAAACAGUCCUGUUUUCGAUAGAAGUGUUGAUAACAAUGGAAAUCGUAUUAUUAGGAAACAAUCAUCAGCCUCUCAAAGGAGUAAUGGAGAGAGUCAACUUCGAGGAAUCCAACGGAUCAACAUCAACGAUUCAAAUGCUGAUAACACAAAUGAAGAGGUAAACACUCGACAAUAUUAUCCAGCCGGUAAAAGUAGAGACUCAGAAUUGGAUGAAGUUGAUAAAGGUCAUCAGGGUUCAUCGGGAGUCAGUGGAAAGGGUAAAAAACGAAUUAUCAAUCAUCAACCAACAGCACCAGCUGCAAGCUAUUCCGUUGAACAAAAGAUUCUCAAUAAAGAUAGAUGGAAUGAUUUGAGUGCAGAGACUUUGUCCGUUGCAGCUGGUCCAGCUAAUCCGUCACCAUCAAAACAUAUAAAUCUGCCAGGAUCUAAAUUUAAAGAUAAAAGCAUCUCAGUGACUCCAUCAGAGUGUUCAAUAAGUUCAGGCCAAAAUUUUCUGGAAGGAUUAGAAAUACCAUACAAAGAACUUCUCAUUUCUACCGAUGAUUUUAGUAAAGAUCGCAUCAUUGGUCGGGGAGGUUUCGGUGUAGUUUAUAAGGGAGUUUGGAAGGGAACUGAAGUGGCAAUUAAAAGACUCAAAAGUUGUGACAGCAUGCACCAAGCAAAAAUUGAGUUACGAGCAUUAAAUCAAUACAGAAUUGAUAACAUAUUACCACUUUAUGGGAUUAGUUUGGAUGGCCCUGAAGCUUGUCUAUUGUACCAGUACAUGCCAAAUGGUUCACUCGAAGACAGAUUGUUGUGCAAAGGUAACACUUGUCCACUGACAUGGGACCAACGAGCAUCAAUUGGCGAAGGACUUGCCAAAGCUUUGAAUUUUUUGCAUACACUUCGAGGUAAACCUUUGGUUCAUGGUGAUGUUAAAAGUGCCAAUGUUUUACUUGAUUCACAGUUUCAAUGUAAAUUGGGUGAUUUUGGUUUAGCAAGACAAAUUUUGUCUUCAACAAGUAAAGGUAAUUACACUCAUUUAACAGUGACCUCAGUCCAUGGUACAUGUGUUUACCUUCCACCGGAAUAUCUGCGAAACAAAAUGUUGAGUCCAGCUGUGGAUGUAUUCAGUUAUGGUAUUGUUAUGCUUGUGGCCACUGGAAGACGUGCCUAUGAUGGUAAAAGGUUACUCCUAGAAUUGGUACAAGAAGAACUGGCUGCCGGACAAUUGGACGAACCUCGAAAAGACUGUGUUCACUUAAAAGAUCCUAGAAUGGGAUUAAGUGUUGGUGAUGAUCACUGGUUCGGUCAUUUAAUUCGUCUGGGUCUUGACUGUGCUAAUAAAAUGAUGAAAAAGCGACCAGGGAUGAGCCAAGUAUUAGAAUAUUACAAUCAAAGUAAAACCCGGGAAAGAAUCAGGCGAUUAAGUGCCGGAUCAGCUAACGGUGGCUCAUCUAUAAUCUCUGAGCUGAAAACACCGCUUGAGUUGAAGAUAUAUUAUGAGAUGACCAGAGAAACCAAUCAGCAAUCAGAAGAUCAAGGCCAACCAACACGUUCAACAAUUAAUCCAACGAUUGAAAACUCUACAGAUCGAUUAACACCUUCUUCAACUCGCCAAACUGUUUCAUCACUUGGUUAUAAUGAUUUGGCUCAGGAAGAUGCUAACUCAGUUAUAUCUCAACUUGAAGACACUGGUAAUGAAAUUAUCCCAUUACUUACAGAAUUAGGACUUGGUGAUGAUAAUCAGACUAAGGAUGAACCAUUUGAUAAUUAUUCAGAAAGCUGAGACUUUCUAAAUUUAUUUUAAAUGAAAAUUGGAUGGUAAAAUGUAUACAGGAGUCUGCUUCAAUCAGAACAUGUAACUUUUUGAGUCAAAAGAUGGAAAUGGACAAUCGAUUUUAAAUUAUAUAACAGUUGGAAUAAGGAUUUUAUUUACCAAAUAUAUUUAUCUAUCCACAAUAUUCAUUCUUAUUUUUGAAAGAGGUGAGAAUAAAUCUGAAGUGGAUGUUGUCUUGGA